UUUGAAAAAUGUUUUGUUUUUUUAUUAUAUGUCACGAUUCUUGGACCAUUCUGCUCAGAGCUUUAACUUUGAUUUAAUAAAAAUCUUCUAUUUAGACUUUAUUUUGGUGGUGCAACAUUUUUCCUCUGACUAGAGUUGAGUCCAGAGCGCGCGCGCGGAGGGUAAAGGGUUAAUUUGUGGCCAUGGGGAAACCUGAUGCUAAUUAGGUCUGAGGAAUGCCACAUUCUGGCAUCGUGGAGCUGCAGUCCUCACAGUGUCAGGCAUGGAGGGAGCCAGCAGCCAUCCUGCUCCUGAUGUUCCUCCUCUGUAGUCACAGUCGGGACUGUCCGAGCAGACCCGGAGGAUGAUCAGAGUCACCGGAGAACCUCUGUUAGGGGAGAAGAAGAUUUAACCAGCUGCUCUGGAACUCCACGUAUUGUUCUUUUGUCGAAGAUGGUCUCAGCUGCGUCUGCGCUGCUUCUCGUCUGCGCGCUGUUGCGGAGCGCAGCUGCAGCAGAGAUGUGCAGGGGGGGCGCGCACUGCACCGGCGGGGACACCGGCGACCCCAGACCGUGCACCGGAGCGCACUGCCCGGGAGGCAGAUCCGUCAGAUCCCCGCCACAGUUCGGCAGAGUCCCGCAGGCGGAGGGGGACCCGGCGCGCCAGGACCACAGUUCCACGGAAAGUUCUCCCGGAGGCGCGCGGAGGAGAUGCGGCCACGCGGACUGCGCGCCCGCCGCGCAGCCACCCGUUAAUGAGACCCGACAGUGCCGCGGGCUCGAGUGCAGGCUGCCGCCGAGGCUCCGCGCCAGAGCGCUGGGGAGGUUUUGCGCUGGAGACGGAUGCGCCGCUGCGCCGGAGGAGGAGAGCGCGCCCCCCGUGCAUGUGGCCGACAGAGCCGCGCAGUUUCUGGCUGAUUUUCCAGACUUUGGACAUCCAGCUCCGGAGCUCGGAGGAGCGUCUCUGGGGGUCCAGCUGACGUGUGACAUCAAACCAGGAGAGAACGAAGUCCCUUCAGAAGAUGCUCUGAUCUUGCACCUCCAGCUCCUCAAAGGUCAGGAGAAGCUGGUCGACGCCCUGAGAGCCCAGCAGGUGAUCAUUCGCGACCUGCAGCAGAAGCUUGCCGACCAACAGGAGGCGCUGCUCUCCCAGCAGCGUCAGAUCCUGGAGCAGCAGCGGCGCAUGUACGAGCAGAUGGACGCGGUGAAGUCCCAGUACGGCCUCCUCUCUGACACCUUCAAGCAGGUCUCCUUCCAGGGCCUGCAGGAUGAGCUGCAGAGCUACUUUGAGAGCCACCUGGCGGGACUGCAGAGCCAGGCUCGCAGCCACCUCCGCAAGUCCUACGUCAUCCACAAGAUGGACAUGGACUCCAAGGUGAUGGACGCUGUUGGGGAGGCUCACCUUCCCCAGCCUCUGCUGGGUUGUUCCUCCCCUUGUGGAUCGGAGGAGUUCUGUGACUUUCAGAGGAGUCCGCCUCAGUGUGAGAAAUGCACUUUGUGUCCACCGGGGUUCUUCCUGAUCUCACAGUGUUCUCCAACGGCAGACAGAAUGUGUCAGGACAGAGACGAAUGCCUGGAACUACCAAACAUCUGUGGAGAGCGAGUGAAGUGCCUCAACACUCCUGGGGGAUUCAGGUGUCUUGGAGUUUCCGAUAGAGAAGCCCUGCUGGGUUUCUGUGGUCACGAGUACUUCUACAACCAGGAGCUGCAGGAGUGCCAGGCCUGCUCUGACUGUGACGGUGAGCCCAUCGCUGCUCCCUGCACGGCCGCCAGCGAUUCGGUCUGCGGCCAGCUGUCCGAGAGCCUGCUGUCCCAGUCCUGGUCGGGAAAUGUGGCAGGUCCGUCUGCCAGGACAUCUGGAACCCACAUCUUCUCUGGGGUGCAGCUGUACGUACGAGGGAAGGAGAGGAGCUCUCUGCUGUCCAACGAGGCGGGGCGGGUGACCUUCCUGCAACACGGUCUGGUGUGGUUGGAUCACAACUUUGCAGUAAAGCACAGCUGCAGGAACUUCCUUCAGGUGGGGAUGAGGCUCAACGGGAGCCAGGCGGAGGAGAGUCAGGAUCUCAGCGGCAUUCGGAUCGAACAGCCGGACGGGAAGUACUUCCAAGGAAUAAGCGUCAGCAUGGGGGUGGAGGUGGAGCCCAACCAGACCCUCACACUGCUGCUGAAGAGUCCAAACCAGCACUGCAAUCAGAGCAAGGACCUUCACAUCUUUGACGUCAGCGCUCCGUCUUUCAGUCUCCUCUGGUUGUCUCACGACACCGGAGCCGUGGCCAUGACAGCUCAGAUGUCUCUGCUGGCGCACUACCAGACCAGCUACCGCCCGACGUUCAGCCUGACCUCUGUGUCCGACCCCUACAUGGUCAGCCUGACCCACGACGGCAGAGCCGUUCGGUUCACAGAGAGCGGAGUGGUGAAGUUCGUCCUCCAGCAGGCGCUCUACUCCAUGGGUCACACCUGCGUUCGGGAGGGCUUCUCCCUCAUCGCCUACACCUCCCAGAACGGAACGGGCCGAGAAGUGAUGCGGGCGUUCAAGACCGGCGUGAACUACAGGGACACCUCCAUCACGCUGUCCGGCGCCGUCACCGUGGGCGGCAGGGACACGCUCAGCUUCGAGAUCACGUCUCCGGCUCAGUGCAACAUCCGGUACUUUGGAGACAGCACCGGCAUCAGCAUGCUGAGCCUCAUCUGGAUCCCCUCGGCGGUGUCGUCAUCCCUGACGGCGACGGUGUCUAGAACCGGCCUUCCUUCAGGAGCCGUCAGGAAUAAGCCUCUGCUCUUCCAGCAGGUCAGCCCCGACACCCCCCAGGUCCACCUGGCCCGCCCGGGUCAGCCGGGGAGCCAGAAGAACUUCAUAUUCCAGGAGAAAGGGACAGCAAACGUUGCCUUGAACCUCAAGCUGAUCCAUUCGUGUAAUAUAAUCAAGCUGACGCUGCAUCAGGCGGGGGGGCGGCAGGCGGCGCCCGUGGCUCAGCAGGUGUCCGGAUCCAAGCCUGAAGGGAGCGAGUGGGCCAGCGUUGGACUCAGAGCUUCACUCCCGGUCCAGAACGGAACGGCUCUUUACGUUACUCUGGACUGCAUUCGAGGACGGGUCAACCACAUAUCGCAGGAGGGCGGGACCAACGUGUCCAUCCUUUGGGUCGCUCUGUGAUCCAGCAUCUUAACCUACUAUGCAAAACCUUAAUAUUCCAGUUUGAUGAAAACCUUUUAAAGUAUUUUUAACGUGUCCUGUUCAGUUUUAAACAUGGAGGAACUCUAAGUACUGGUUUUACUUCAGGUACUUCAGCUGGUUGAGUCGUGACCAAGUGAAUCUGAAUGGAUUUUUGACAUUUUAAAUGUGAAUACGUUUAUUUAAAGUAUUUUUUUUUUGCUCAUUCCUACAGUUAUUUAACAUUAAAUGUACAAUGAUUGUUUUUGUAUGAUCAAAAGUAGUAGUUUGAUGGUUUUGGAAAACAAUUUUCAGACAAAAAGCUUAUAACGCUGGGUUCACACCGCGGAGCGCGCUUGACCUUGGCCCAGUCCGAAUUCUUCCCUCUCCCUUCCGCUUAAUUCGAAGCGGUUGUUGAAGUGGAAGUCGUGUCCGGAUUAUUAUUUUUUUAAGUUUCACCCUCCAAACAGAGGGGUCUAAAGUCCACCGUUGCGAGGGUAAACCGGGUCGCGUUAAAAAGAGCUUUUUUCUAACGGGGGUGCGCUCUGAACCACAGAAGUUUACAUUUAAAUGUUUGUUGUAGCGUGACUU